UCCAAGCAUUCAGCAUCGUCACCAUCUAGCCGUGUCGAUAUUUCCAUUCUUGGGCGCGAACCUGCAAGCCUGAAGCUGCGGAGAUUUGAAUCAUUUCUGGAUUUCAGCCAGGAAUUUCCUCUCCAGCUCGCUUCCAGCUGUGGGGGAGCAACUUGCAUACAGAGCUCGAGAGCGAGAGAAGAAGAUAUAAAAAAUAAGGGCAAUGGGAAAAGACGAGGAUGAAAUGCGGGGAGAGAUAGAGGAGAGACUGAUAAACGAGGAGUACAAAAUAUGGAAGAAAAACACUCCGUUCUUGUACGAUUUGGUAAUAACCCAUGCCCUAGAAUGGCCUUCCCUCACUGUAGAGUGGCUGCCUGAUCGAGAUGAGCCUCCAGGGAAGGACUACUCUGUCCAGAAGAUGAUUCUGGGCACUCACACCUCAGAGAAUGAGCCCAAUUACUUGAUGAUUGCCCAAGUCCAGCUACCUUUGGAGGAUGCUGAGAAUGAUGCGCGCCAUUAUGAUGAUGACAGGCCUGAAGCAGGCGGCUUUGGAUGUGCUAAUGGCAAGGUUCAAAUAAUCCAGCAAAUAAAUCAUGAUGGAGAGGUUAAUAGGGCUCGUUACAUGCCUCAAAAUCCAUUUAUCAUUGCGACAAAGACCGUUAGUGCUGAAGUAUAUGUAUUUGAUUAUAGCAAGCAUCCAUCUAAGCCUCCUCUAGAUGGUGCAUGUAAUCCUGAUUUAAGGUUGAGAGGUCACAAUACUGAAGGAUAUGGUUUAUCAUGGAGUAAGUUCAAACAGGGCCAUUUGCUGAGUGGUUCUGAUGAUGCUCAGAUAUGCUUGUGGGAUAUAAAUGCAACUCCUAAGAACAAAACCCUGGAGGCUAUGCAGAUAUUCAAGGUUCAUGAAGGUGUUGUUGAAGACGUGGCAUGGCAUUUGAGGCAUGAAUACUUAUUUGGUUCUGUUGGUGAUGACCAAUACUUGUUUAUAUGGGAUCUCCGUUCACAAUCAGCUAACAAGCCUGUCCAAUCUGUUGUUGCUCAUCAAAGUGAGGUUAACUGCUUAGCUUUUAAUCCUUUUAAUGAGUGGGUCGUAGCCACCGGAUCUACUGAUAAAACUGUGAAAUUGUUUGACCUACGCAAGAUCAAUACUGCUCUUCACACCUUUGAUUGUCACAAGGAGGAGGUUUUCCAGGUUGGCUGGAAUCCAAAAAAUGAGACUAUUCUGGCUUCUUGUUGUCUUGGUAGGAGACUCAUGGUGUGGGAUCUUAGCAGGAUUGAUGAAGAGCAAACGCCAGACGAUGCUGAGGAUGGCCCUCCGGAACUGUUGUUCAUUCAUGGGGGUCAUACAAGUAAAAUAUCUGACUUUUCUUGGAACCCAUGUGAAGACUGGGUUGUUGCGAGUGUGGCUGAGGAUAACAUACUCCAAAUAUGGCAGAUGGCUGAGAACAUAUACCAUGAUGAAGAUGAUCUGCCUGAAGACUCAACUAAACCUGCUGCUUAGUGUAAUUUCACUCUUUUCAAUGUAGAAGUUGGUAAUGUCAUUGUUUAGACUCGCUGGUUUUUCUAUUAUUUAUUUCUUCCCAUGUUACAAUUCUCACCUCUGUACCUGGAGGACUGUAUUUUACAAGGAAUGAGUAUGAUAAACUAACAUUGUCGUGAUUAGUGUAUGAUGGUAGCUUAUGCCCUUGCAGUUCACCCCA